GACUGGUGUGCGCCAGUCGUACGGUACGGUUGUCGGAGGUCGUGCACGUCGGCGCAGCCAGUAGUGUCAGGAUCACCAUCCUCGAGAUGAAGCCUUGAGCAGCGCCGCAUCCUAGGCUGGUCUCUUUGGCUUCUCCUCGCCAGUUCCUUAUCGACUCUUCUUGUGCCUUAUCUCGUUUAAUUGAUGACUCUUCGAAACGUGUCACUUUGCUGUUAACGCGCGAUGUUUCGUACCUUGUGUCGCUGAUCGACGUGCCGCACGUGAGCCAGCACGCGCCAGCGUGACAGCCGCACGCGAUUUCCUUAAACAACGGUUGAUUUACUUUAUUAAUAUGAAUUCUUGCUGAUAUGACGUCUUAAUUGUUUAAUUGGAUGCAGUCAUAGGUGCGUCUAGUACUUAAGGGAUUUUUCUAUGACUUCAUCUCCCUUCAGCAUUGUCGAAUUUGGUACCUUUGCGUAAUCGGAUGUUUCUAGGCUAUUUCAAGUCUAGAUAGCUGUCAAGUUUCAUUUCGAGCAGUCUGCGGUUUUGAAUAAUCUUGAUAUUAUCUCGUCUUUAUUUAUCUCUUUAAUGUACACCUGCCAAAUGAAAUUUUGCAACGUGUUUACCUGCACCUCUAAGUCAUUUUAACGUCGGUUCGCAUUCUAGCGGAACCGACGGUGCUGCGCGAAUCCGAUAGAAUUAGACUGUUGCGGAAGAGUAUUUUCUGGCAGAUGAAAUGCGAUUCCGCGAUCUUUGAUACGGCGCUUGGUAAAUAUAAGUAGCAAUUAUUCUCUCGGCUGAAUCCUCGCGCUGUGCGAAAGAGAUUUCAAGGUCCACACGAACAUUUGUUCUGUCAGACACAGAGACGUUGUUUCUAUUUUGGAAAUUACUUGUCUCUACUUUUAGAGAUAUUACAAUGUGUUUAUCAUUUCCACGAAAUCAGAUUUAAUAUUGAAAAUCAGGUAUGACAAGUAUUCGAAGAAUAUAAUAAUUUUAUUUUCCUGACAAGGAAAAUAAUAAAAACAAAACAGUCUCCGAAUCGAAAGCGAUCUUAAUAGAGAUACCUUACGUAUCGAUCGUUGUCACUUAAAAUGAAUUUUCAUGGGAUUUUACGUGUCGGUCAAUGACGCCAGGGUGUCAGCUGGAGGAGGCGAGGGUGCAUUAACGCGAGAAAGGAGGCGCGAUUUUCGGAAAGCCGCUCUCGCUAAAAAUAAACGUGCCUCGUGCGUGCGCGGUGUGCUCUUAAACAUAGUUUUGGCAGGGAGAAACGUCAAACCGCCUCGGAGUGGCAAAGCGCGAGGAUCGUUUCGCGAAUUUUGCACAGAGAAAGAAAGAGAGAGAGAUUGAGAUUUCGCGUCGUUCUCCGUCCCGAAACGUGAUUGUCCGUCACGAGAGACAGUUCAACGAACAUCUGAGAGCGCAAAUCCCGUUCUUCCGUUUUCCUUAAAGCAGUCGUGAUUUCAUUGUACUUUGACAAAGGCAGACAAAUGGAGAAGAUAUGAAAGGUGCGUCGGAGAAGUGCGACAAGGAAAAUCAACGACCGAUGGAGACGGCGCAAUCGGCCGACGAGAGCACGAUCGAUCUUCAGCAGGAAGAGUAAAGAGCUUAAAAGACAGAAUCGUGUUUCGUGUGUAUGUGUCGUGAUGUCAGCGGGCAAUAAGAACCCGGACGAGGCAGUGAACGAUGCGCUUCUGGAGAAGCUGCGGACCUGUGCGGCCAAGCCGCAGGAGACGGGUGACACCCUCAGAUCGAUCGCCGCCAAGAUUCAUGCACGUGUCACCUCGUCAGGUACGCAACUGUUUGCCGGAACUCGUUCAGGAACGAUCGGAUACGAUCGGCGGGUACGCGAGCGCACGCUGGAGAAGCUCUGGCGCAAGAAUUCCGGUGCGAUGGAGUCGUUCAUUAUGAUACUAGAGAACUGUAAGGACCACGUUGCUAACUGCAGUAUCGCCAGCAUAUUGCGCGAAUGCGUAUCACCCCGAAUGACCAAAGGCAAAGGACCGAAGGAUAAGGGCAGCAAGAAUAAGAAUACUACAAGAACCAGUAGCCGAAUGGCGGUCGUUCAACUGAUCAACUUGGGUAUCACGCAAGUCCUAGUUAAACUUUUAAUAAAUCUGCAACACGCAGACACCAUCACGAGCGAAGUGCUCACUCAAGACGUCCUCUGGAUUUUGGGCCAGGUAGCUCAGAGGGACCAGAAGUUCGUGUCAAAGCUGAGAUUGCUCAAUUCUAUAAAAGUGUUCCAUGUGCUGUUAAAGCAGCAUUACAACAACAGCAAGACGUUAUUGUCGUUGCUGUUGAUUAUCAAGAUUCUCGCUAAAAACUCGUUGUCUUUACAAAUCCUGGUGAAGGAUGGCAUUGCCAGCAUCCUGGAGAAAACAUUCAUCAGCGUCGGUUACACGCCGCACUUGAAACUGAAAACGUUGCUGGAAUGCUUGAAACAUUUCACAACCAACAGACUUUGCUGCAACAAAUUUGUUAAAGUGGGCAUGAUACACUUGCUGAUGCGAAUCUUUGAGAGGUGGGAGAGAUACGACGGGCAGAUGCGACUGAAGAUCUGCAAUUACGCGCUCAACACGCUUCAGCAUCUUUGCACUAUAAAAGCUGGAAGGAAGGCUAUCAAGUCGAACAAUGGCUUGCAGCUACUGUACCGGUUCUGUACAAACUGCCCGGAGGACAAGGCAUACGACUGCCUGCUGUCACGUAUCUGCGGGAUAAUUAAUCAGUGCCUGGAGAAGAAGGAGUUACCGGUGCCCGAAAUAUCGCCGGCGAGAUUCGUUCUGCCCGAAGUGAAUGUCAGGGCGAACAGUGCUGAAAGCGGUAGCGACAUCGACAGCCAGGCGAACAGCGUGGCUUCCACCGACAGGCUGUGCAGCGAUCUAGAUUCCGGUGACGAUGAGGAAAGCCAAGAUUCCAGAAAUACGACGGACAACGCGAUUCACGUGGACGACGAGGUGGAAGAGGGCAGAUUCUUCGCUGGGGUCUUUACCUCGCAGAGAUCCGAGGAGGAUCUCGUUGGAUACCACACGUUCUUCAAGGAACUGGGCAGCCUUCGGUCGCAACUACGUAUCGUUGAAUCGUCCAACUUUAAAGUGAUAGACUCGCUACCGGAGAAUGAUCAGAUAAAUUCGUCGCUCGUGAGGAUCGAAAAGACGAGGGCUUCAGCCAGGGAUUUUCCGAAAUCUAACGAUUCGAGGAAUCAAUUCGCGAAUAACAUGACCAGCUUGAGAAGCAUAGAAGACAUAUCGGCGAGCGUGACGGAUCAGUGCGCGUAUUGCACCGUGGCCAGCAGGGUGAAGAGCGUUAUCGGUUUCGUCAAGGUGGCCUAUCCGGAUCUGAUUGGCGGUGACGGUGCAGGAAAAGCCGAGCCACUCAACACCAAGGACAGAAAAGUCUGUCGCGCGAAAUUGCUGACCUGCGUGGAACGCGGCCUCCAUGCCACCGUGAGCGUCCAGGAAGUGGUCUACGAUCUAGACGCUCUCGCGAGUUCCGCCGCUCGAAAUGAGCCGAGAAACGAGCGAGCAUCCCUCGACAACUGUGACGAGGAGAGGGUCGGCGUGCGUGGCCUGGACACGAAGCAGUUGCGAUUCGAGUCCAGAUUCGAAAGCGGAAAUCUGAGGAAAGCUAUCCAGAUAGGCUCACGAGAGUACGAUCUCAUCCUGACGCCGGACGUAAACAGCGGCUCGAGACAUCAGUGGUUCUACUUUGAAGUCUCCAACAUGGAGGCGAACACUCCGUACACGUUCAACAUAAUCAACUGCGAGAAGGCAAACUCGCAGUUCAAUUUCGGCAUGAAACCGAUACUCUUCAGCGUCGUGGAGGCGCAAUGCGGCAGACCGGGCUGGGUGAGGACCGGCGUCGACAUCUGCUACUACCGGAACUGUUACCAGCGGCCUCCUACCCGAGGGAAGACGUACCUGACGACGUCCUUCACCGUCACGUUCCCGCACGCGUACGACGUCUGCUACCUGGCGUAUCACUUCCCGUACACGUACAGCCGACUGAUGACCAGCAUCUGGAAGUGGACGAGCAGGAUUUCUGCGGCGAACGUGUACUUCCGCGCGGAGGCGCUCUGCGAGACUCUAAACGGCAACGAGAAUCCCGUGCUCACCAUCACGUCACCGGACUCCAAGAUCAAUCCUAUACACGCACGCAAGAUGAUCUUCUUGACGUCUAGAGUGCAUCCCGGUGAAAGCAACGCCUCAUGGGUGAUGCAUGGAACUCUGGAGGCCCUCCUGAGCGAUAGCCAAUACGCCAGCAGUCUACGUGACGAUUAUGUGUUCAAAAUAGUUCCUAUGCUAAAUAUAGAAGGAGUCGUGAACGGCUGCAAUCGGUACGGCUUGACGAACGAGGACCUGAACCGACGCUGGAGCAACCCCAAUCAGCUGUACCAUCCGGUGAUCUAUCACACGAAGGGUUUGAUGGAGUACUGCGCCCGAGUGCUACGAAGACCGCCCCACGUUUUCGUCGACUAUCACGGGCACUCGCGGAGGAAGAACGUGUUUCUCUUCGGCUGCUCAAGGUCGGGUUCCUGGAGUGCCGCCGACAGGGCGAAACCGGAUCAGCCGGUGCAGUAUUUGAUAUUACCGCAUCUCAUGCAGAGGACCUCGCCGGCCUUCGCCCUGCCACUGUGCUCCUUCAAGGUCGAGAGGAACAAGGAAUCCACCGCCAGGGUCGCCGUGUGGCGGCAGUUGGGUGUUUCGAGAAGUUACACGAUGGAGAGCAGUUUUUGCGGAUGCGAUCAGGGUGCGUUGGCGGGAUUGCACUUUGACACGGAGCACCUCAAGGCCAUCGGAAGGGACUUUUGUCAAGCUUUGUCCAUGAUGAAGAACGGCGGGGACGACUGGGCUAUCGAAAGAUCGACCGAGCAAGCCUGUUGCCCGAGAAAGUGCGUCUUGCGAAAAUCGCGGAAGGUUCCAAAAUGUAUUCAAGAUAAACACGCUGUACAUCACACUACGGCAAUUUCUUAGUAAACGAGACAAUAAUUUACCAAAUGCACUACAAGGCAAGAUUUGUGUGUGAUCGUUCGUGUGCGCAUACUGCUAAUUUAACACUUUCGCCAAAAUUGUGUUUUAUUACCAAUGUUCUUAUUGCUGCGAAUUAACAUUUAUACGCAUCGAUAUUAAAGUUUCAAUUAAUCGAGACAGUCUGCUUGACAUAAUUAAAUUUGUUGUUCAAUGUGUCUUUUGUUAAUUACGCUGGUUGCACUUUGUAGGAUUCCCACGGGAGAACACAUCAUCGAGGAAUCAAGAUGCGUGGACGAUGAAGUAUCUUCCAGCAGCGAAUCCAAUGAAUCCGAUGUCGAAACCUAGGACUUACUUGCACUUUAGUAAAAAUUAAGUCAUUUUAACAAUGAUCAAUUUCUUAUGGAUUUUUAUUCUGCCGUAAACUUAACAGUUAAUGCAGAGAUUACUCAAAUUCCCAUUUUGUGAGCAGCGAAACAGCGCAAAAGUAGUAUUCAGUACAUCACAAAGAAAAAUAUUUUAAGCAAUAUUUAUUUAAAACUUGUAACAAACGUUUAAAACGAUUUUCUAUGAAAAUACUAUCUACAUCCUAAUUAUUUGUACAUAUCUUGGAAAUUAAUGCUUCGCAAAUUAUAAGUUUAACAAUGUGAAUGAGAUUACCCGCUACAGAUUCAAUGACGUGAGAGCACUAAUUAAGUUAGUAUGGCCGCGUACAAUAUUUUGCUCGUAAAUCAAAUUCGAAGAUUCGAUAUCGCAAAAUUCUAUCAUCUGCACAUUUAAAAUCUGACAAAGUAAGAAAGUUUGGGAAGUUUUUGUAUUUUGAGAAAUUUUAUAAUAAGAAAAUAGCUUUGAAAUGAUGUUAAAGCGAUAAGAAAGUUGUAUCAUUUUCUCAUAUACUACAACUUAUAACACGUAAUUUGUGAUUAUGCAGCGAAUGUGGGAAAUAAAUUGAGCCGUGAUUUCCUCGGAA